AUGUGGUGUUUCGUGCGGUGCUGUGCGGUGUACCUUCCACUGCUCCUCAUUACAUUGAUUGCCCAAGUCGAGAACCAACAGCCGACAUUCGACAACUCGAUACUGAGGGUGCCGCCCUGGCCGACGGAGAACUGUUCAUUUUUCAAUGAAUCAACAUGCGGACCUACCGGUGGACAGGGAUGCGAUUACAGAUUGUGUCCGGACGGCGCAAAUUGCACCAUCAAUGUGGCCCUAAUACUACCCAGAGAUGACAAAAUGAUUGUCAACAUAGAUGUGGCAAAACAUAUACUUCACACAGCCAUAAACGACAGCAAGCACCAUGGUAUCAUACCUGGUGAUUUACAUAUCAACAUAAACGAAUAUGACGAUGAAUGUACCGCCGGUUUAGGUUUAACCAGCAUGCUUAAUGCCAUAAACGAUUGUGCAAACGUAGUUAUUGGACCAAUAUGCGAAUAUUCCGUCGCAAACACCGGAAGAAUGGCAAAACUUUUAGGACACGGCGGAACACCAAACUUAACACCCGGCGGUUUCUCCUUCAACUUCGUCUCGGAGAAACAGUCAAUUGAAGAUGAGUACUUUAAACUCGUCAACAGUGGCAACAUCGAUUUCAGAUCUUUCGGUGAAUUCUUUUUUCUGAUGAUAAACGCAUUUAACUGGACGAAGAGCGCCACCAUCUUUGAUAGAUCCGAAAUGUUUGAAAUUGGAGGUGAGAACUUUUGUAAGCUGUUCCUGGACAGUGUGGCGAACGACAUACUGAAAACAAUUGAAUUCGGUUUCUUGUCGGGGAACAUUGAAGUAAUGAACAAGGAAUACUCGGAGUUUCUGAAGAACGAAAUCGGCGUACAAUACGGCCUUAUUGUUACAUGUACGUCGGCGAAGAAAUUUCGUAAAAUCCUCAUUGAGGCGGAUAAAUUGAACUUUUUCGACAAAGGUGAAUAUACCUUUUUUAACUUCCAAAUCUAUCACAACGUUACCAAUCCGCUUAGACCGUGGGAGGACCCGGAGGAUCCCGAGAACAAUGAACGUGUCCGUAAGGCUUACAAAUCGGUGUUUACGUUCAUGCCGAGUUUGGAGGCUAACUUUGACGAAGUCGUAAAAAGACCUCAAGGAUUUUCGCUGUUGCACGGCGUCUAUGACGCCAUGGCCAUGUAUUUACAAAUUAUUAACAAAACUUUCAACGACGACGAUCCGCUUUUGGGCUGUAAAGUGCAUUAUCUAAUGGCAGGUGCCAAAUACCAAGGGAUCGAUGGGGAGUUUACGAUGAACUGUAACGCACAAAAGGCGGCGGAUUACGUUCUGUUGCACAUAAACGAUACUGGUGACUACGAGGUUGUGGCAAGGUAUACCAAUUUCAAUAAAACAAUCACUGAAUGGAACGUCAAGUGGCCUUAUGGCGUCCCACUGGACACGCCAAAAUGUGGCUUCGACAACUCCAAAUGUCCAACUGUGGAAAAUGUGAACAUCCUCCUGAUUACCUUAAUUUGCGUGGUUUCCGUCGCAAGUUUGAUUAUGGUAGGAUUUUUAUAUAGAAACUACAAACUCAAAUCUGAGAUCUACUCGUUGGCUUGGAAGAUCAAAUAUGAUGACAUCGUUUUUAUACCGAAGAAGGCACGAUCUCAGUCGUUGGGUUCAUUAAAGGUCAGACUUAUUCUUUAAUUUGUAAUUUAAAACGCUCAAAGUAUCAUUGGUGACAGAGGGCAGCUAUACACAACAGCAGGUUACUACAAAAACUCCCAGGUGGCCUUGAAGCGUUUGAAAGACAUGAAGUUCGACCUCAACCACGACCAAUUAAAGGAAUUAAAAAUAGUGAAAGACCUUUCCCACGACAAUUUAGUGAAGUUUUUCGGUGCCUGUUUGGACAUACCAAAUGUGCUAGUGACCGGUUACUGUUCCAAAGGCAGUUUGCAAGACAUCCUAGAGAACGAACAGAUCAAACUGGACAGGGAUUUUAAGAUGUCCAUCACAAUGGACAUUGUGCGUGGCAUGCACUACCUCCACAGCAGUCCCAUUAAAACUCACGGUGCUUUAAAAUCGUCCAACUGUUUAGUGAAUAAUAGUUUUAACGUGAAAAUUGCCGACUUCGGAUUACAUUUCUUGCGCAUGUACGCCGAAGACAUUGACGAGGACAUCGAGUCGCAUUCGUAUUGGCAAAAACAACUAUGGACGGCACCAGAAAUUUUGAGGAUGAACGGCAAAUGUCCCCAAGGGACGCAAAAAGGGGAUGUUUAUUCGUUCGGCAUAAUAAUGCAUGAAAUCGUUUAUAGAGAAGGAGCAUUUUAUUUGGAUGAAUUUAAAAUAAGUAGUCAAAUAGUCGAGACGGUGAAGAAGGGCCCGGACAGUAAUGGCGGUCAGCCUUUGCGUCCGGCAAGCAGCGAGGCGAUUUGCGAGGACGCCGUCGUCCAGAUAAUGAACAGAUGCUGGUCCGAAGACUCCUCCGAUCGUCCCGACUUCACCGAACUGAAGAACAAGCUGAAGGGCUCAGUGAAUCGUCAAAGUGAUGGCAACGUAAUGGACAGCUUGCUCCAACGCAUGGAACAGUACGCCAACAACUUGGAGAGCCUGGUCGAGGAGAGGACGGCCGACUUUUUGGAAGAAAAACGCAAGUGCGAGGAACUCCUCUAUCAACUUUUGCCCAGAACUAUCGCCCAACAGCUGAUAUUAGGCGAAGCAGUCGUCGCCGAGUCCUUCGACCAGGUGACCAUCUACUUCAGCGACAUCGUCGGUUUCACCGCCCUGUCGGCGGAAAGCACCCCGUUACAGGUGGUCGAUCUACUCAACGAUCUCUACACCUGCUUCGACUCCAUCAUCGAACACUUCGACGUUUACAAAGUGGAGACAAUCGGCGACGCCUACAUGGUGGUGUCGGGGCUGCCGUUGAGGAACGAGAAUCGGCACGCCCGCGAGAUAGCGAGGAUGUCGCUGGCACUGUUGAACGCGGUGAAGCAAUUCAAGAUACGGCAUCGCCCCAACGAGCCGCUGCAGCUUCGAAUAGGCAUACACACGGGACCGUGCGUCGCCGGCGUCGUCGGCCUCAAGAUGCCCAGGUAUUGCCUCUUCGGGGAUACCGUGAACACGGCGUCGAGGAUGGAGUCGAACGGUUUGCCGCUCAAGAUACACGUCAGUCCGGUGACCAAGAAGGUGUUGGACUCGUUCGGCACCUUCGACAUCGAGCGCAGGGGUGAGGUUGAGAUGAAGGGCAAAGGUAAAAUGGUUACCUACUGGUUGAACGGCGAGACGCCGUCAGCAACGGCGACUCCGUCGCAGACCUUGCAGCAGCCUCGCCAGAGGAAGCUGCCAACCACCCCGAUUCCCACCACCAAGAAGGAGCACGGUAAGACAGCUAAACCCAUCACAUUCCAAACCAUAGACGACGCCGAUGUUCCCCUGCUGUCCGUUACAUCCGACUCUUGAAUAUCUUAAAUGUGACUUCUAUGACUGGACCCCAGGUCCGUCGCUUGGCAAAUUGAUGUGAAUAACCAAAAACCUUUUAGAAAAAACAAUGGAUAAUUAUAAUUUAAUGAGAUCCUCAUGUACAGAUGUGCCAAUGAAAUUAAUUUUGUCGUUUCGAUGAGGAGACGCGCGAAUGAUUUUGUGAAAGGAUUUUCAUAAGGCGAUCACCCCUACUUUUCCCCAUUAAGACAAUAAACUGGAUUAUCAAAUUUUAAUCAAUCAAAAAAAAAAAAGUUUUUUGGCGGGAACAACUAUCAUGAUGCGUUUAGACUGACUUUUAUACAUGGAGUAGUCUUUUACUAGCGGUAGCUCCGGAGGUGAUUUCAACGAAUUGCCACCGGACGCAGUUUCAAACUUUUUCGGCUUCGGUUUGUCCUGGUAUAACUGUUUAGAAAUUGUUCACGUCGUACAUAUCUAAGGUAACCACAGUGGUAUGGAAGGACAUAUUUUUAAAGUAGAAUUUUCACACUGUAAUGGUUUAAAGAACACCAACAACAAAAUUAAUAUCGACACUACAUUACUUAUGUUUAAUAAAUUAGUUCAUUAUGCAACAUCAGGGCUUCAAUAAUUGAAUUGUGACGCUUAAUCAAUGAUAAACAGGGGAUUUGAACAAUGAGGAUGUGAUCAGAUCCGAUCGAUACAUUUCGAAGAUUAACUCGUAUUAUUACUGUACACUAAAGAAAAUAUAAUAAAUUACUUCUUAGUAUAGUUUUAGUACUGAAAGUAUCUCAGUCUUAUAAACAAAGGCACAAGUAGUUUCUUUUAAUACUGAAACCUGACUUGAAACUAGAUUCAAAGUCAACUAGAAAAAAUUAGAUUUUAAACAAGGAACAUUUUACCUAUAAAAUAUAAAUAAAAUAUUGUCCAACGUUAUGGAAAUUAAUAUAACAUCAAUAAACUAUACUAGUAAUCUCAGAAAUAUAAUAUGACAUAAUAAUUAAGCUUCAUUAGUCCAAAUUUUUAAAUCAAUUAUUGAAAUUUUAGUGAUGUUAAGAUAAUUAUUAAAAUCUUGACGUGGACUAUUCAAUUUUCUAAUUUUGGAUGCUAUAACAAACAAAUUUACAGUAAUAUUCUUGAAAAUUUGACCUGCUGUUUUAAAGAAUUUAAGGAAUAAGUUAAUAAUAUAUAUUAUUCCUGAUAACUACUGAACAGUUUAAACAAUUAAUAUAAGCCCAAAAUGUCUAGUGACUCAAAAUUGCAUCAAAUAACGUUUCUUAACACAGUUAUACCACCACAAACUCACCUGACAAAUUUAAUUGUCCAUCGCUGAAUAUGAAAAUCCCCAUUUUAGCCUGAGGUCAAAAUAAAAAGGUAUGAGUAAAAAACAUUCAUGUGGCAUUCUGUAUUAAAAUUUGCCAGAUAUACAGGAUCACGUUGAACCGAUCCCCGUCUGUGCUCAAGCAAAAUCCAUCGGAUUGGUACGUAAUUAUUUGGAUAGUUGGACGUGAUCCUGUAGCUUGACUAACUCCAUCUAUGUACACCCGAUUCCUCUGUUCUGUGUGUCUUAAAUUAAUAGACGAGAGUAUAUGUUGUUAGCAAUAGUCUAUUGGCUUCCCUUUUUUCUUUGUAUUGAAAUAAAUCGGUCUGUGAACGAGUACCUGUUUAAAGGGGUCGAUUUAUUUUAAUACGCAAAAUAUGUGAUUCGUAGAUGUUCCUGUCGAUUUUGGUUUAAGGAACGAAUUGGUUUUUAGAUUAAAAAAAAAAAACGGGAUACUAAGGAAUAUAAUGUUGAUUUCAAUUUUUUCUCUUUGCAACCAAAAUUGACGUCGGAACAUCUACUGUAAUUCUAUCUAACCUGACCAGCAUGCGGACCAUACCACUUUCCAACAGUAUUAAUUUUGUUAAAAAAUACUAUCGUUCCUUGCUUUUAUAGAGUAUGCUUUCUUAUGAUUGUGAAAUAAUAUUAUAUAUGUAUUCCACCUCAAAAUAUUAUAGUUCUUAUACAGGGAGACAAACCCGUUUAACACCACUCAAAGUAUAAACACUAAAUGUACUUUGGGAUGUAAAUUUUCCUGUUUUCAUUUAUGCAGGGUGAUUUGUUUCAUCGAAUAAACUAUUUUGUGUCAUCCUGUAUAAAACAGUUAAGCGAAGAAGCACUGUAAAUAUUAAGCCAUAAAUAUUAUUUUGCUAAAUUAACAAUUGUUCCAUAAAUUGUUUGCCCCUAAGAGGAUAUAAUGGAUGUUGGACAAGUUGUUAUAUUCUGAGAGAUUAUUACUGUUAGAGCUAUAUGUGAAAGAAAAUCAAAAACAUCACGAAUAUCAAAUGGGAUAAAUCUCAGACAAUUAAUUAGGUUACUUUAUUUCGGACAAAAUUAUUUGUAUUCGUAUGUUUUGGAUUUUUCUGAUUGUACAACUGAUGUGAUAUCGUUGAAUUUGAUAAAUAUUGUAUAUUUAUUAUUUUUCUUAUCUCACCCUGUAUAUAAAACUAAAUCAUCUAGUCCCUUUAUUUUAUUUAUAAUUUAUUGUUAUAAAUGUAUACAUAACUUAUCUGCUAAAAUCCUUACAAAAUGUAUAUUUAAUAUAUAAGUUCAAUAUAUGUGAUGUGUAUACAACAAA